GAGGUUUUAAUUUCCUAUUUAAUAACAAGAGUUUUAAAAAAAUUAAGAAAUUAAUAAAUAAAGAAUUAUGACGAGACACGCACGUAAUUCCACAGCUGGUUCAGUUUACACUUAUCAUGAAAAGAAGAAGGAUGCUGCAACAUCAGGUUUUGGUACUGAAAGACAGAGAUUAGCCAAACAUUCAGUUAAAAACUUUGAUUGCUGUAAUUUAACGCUACAACCAGCUAGAAUUCCAGUCAUGACAAAAAAUGGAUAUUUGUUUGAUAAAGAAGCCAUUCUUGAAUAUAUUAUUACUAAAAAGAAUGAGUACAAUCGGAAAUUGAAAGAAUUCGAAAAACAGAAGCAAUCUGAUGUCAAAGAAUUGGAAGAAAUCGCUGCUGCUGAAAACAAGAAGAAAUUGGAACAAUUCGUCAAGACCGAGAAGAAUAUAAAAGUUGCUUCAAAUCUUCCUGGUACUAGUGGCAGCAGUUCUCUAUCAAACAUGGCAGGAGGAAAGAAAGAUUUGCUUCCAAGUUUCUGGAUUCCAUCUCAAACUCCUGAUGCAGCCAAAGCAAAGCUCAAUAAACCAGACAGUAAAAUUUAUUGUCCUAUCUCAGGGGAACCACUGAAAAUCAAAGAUCUUAUUGAUGUUAAAUUCACUCCAGCAAAUGACCCCGACGAUAAAAACAAAUCUUUGAUAGCAAAAGAAAGUCGAUAUGUGUGUGCAGUUACAAAAGACGUCUUAACAAACGCUCAACAAUUAGCUGUGUUGAAAACAACAGGAGAUGUUGUUACUGGAGAUUGUGUUGAAAGGCUCAUAAAAAAAGAUUGGAUCCAUCCUUUAACGAAUGAAAAAUUGAAGGAAAGUGACAUAAUUUACCUUCAAAGAGGUGGAACAGGCUACUCAGCAGUUAAUCAACUGGAGGCUAAAACGUCAAGACCGGCUUUACAAUGCUAAUCCUCUUGCCUUUGAACAUUUGUUUUUAUAUUCGAAUCAUCCCAGUGGGUUGCAUUCACCGAGCAUGAAAAUAAUUAAUUAAUUUCUUCUUACAAUGAAAACAUUCACGAAUGUAUUUCCAUCCGAGAAAAUCACUAACAAUAAAUUGCUUAAUCUGACCAAUCUCACAAGAA